GGAAAUCCUAUCACCCACUGAGCUUAUCCAAGAUGGCGAAUCGCACUGUCCGAGACGCUCGCAGCGUGAAGGGGAAGAAUCCUCAGUAUUUAGUGGAAAAAAUAACAAGAUCAAGAAUCUACGAAUCGAGAUACUGGAAAGAAGAAUGUUUUGCCCUAAGUGCCGAGCUACUCGUGGACAAAGCAAUGGAGCUACGUUUCAUUGGUGGUACAUAUGGAGGGAAUAUCAAACCAUCUCCGUUCCUGUGUCUCCUCCUCAAAAUGCUCCAGAUACAGCCAGAGAAGGACAUUGUCAUUGAAUUCAUCAAAAAUGAAGACUUCAAGUAUGUGCGUUGCCUAGGAGCAUUGUACAUCAGACUGGUUGGAGAAAGUCUUGAUGUCUACAAGUAUCUAGAGCCUCUGUACAAUGACUACAGGAAGAUCAGAAGACAGGAUAAGAAUGGUGGUUACUUCUUAUCUCACGUUGAUGAGUUCAUCGACGAGCUGUUGAAUGAAGAGAGAGUCUGUGACAUCAUUCUUCCUCGAGUACAGAAGCGACACAUCCUGGAAGAAACCGAACAGCUUGAAUUGCGUGUUAGCCCACUGGAAGAGGAUCUGGAUGAUAUGGAAGACUCUAGUGAUGAUGAUAUGGAUAUUCCAGAGAUACACAGGUCACCUGAACGUCACAGAGGAAGCUAUCAUGAUCACGACAGACCAAGGAGAAGUCCUUCGCCAAGGCAUCGUAGAAGUCGGAGUAGAUCACCUAGAAGGAGAUCUCCUCCUCCCAGGAGGAGAAGUCCCUCCCCCAGGAGAGACCGGGAGAGAAGGAGAAGCAGGAGCCCAAGGAGAGAUAGGGAGAGGGACAGGGAGAGAAGGAGCAGGUCAAGAGAAAGAAGACACAGAUCUCCAGCUCGUAAUUACCAUCGUGAGGAGAGGCGUGAUGACAGGAGAGAUGAGAGACGUGACGAGAGGAGUGACGAUAGAUACCAUCACAGACAUCGAUCAACGUCACCUGAUGAUAGACACAGGAGAUCCUACAGGAAAUAAUAAGAUCAUGCUAGAGCUACCUUACACCAGGUGUGUCUCUAUUGUGACCCUCUCCAUCACAGAACGACCUAACUUUGCUUUCUUAAAACACAGACGAUACAACAGGAAAAGAUCAUAUCACUAGAACUACCUAUCAUCAGCAACAUUUCUUUAAUAAUUAUCCACUCUGCCUCCACCAUACAACAAUCUAACUUUG